CUGCUCUGCUUUGCUGUGUCUAUCCCACCACAGGUCCAGAACAUCAGCCUCCGAGAGGGGGAGGUGGUGACUGUGGAGGGCCUGGGGGGGCCCGACCCUCUGCCCCUGGCCAACCAGUCUUUCUUGCUGAGGGGCCAGGUCAUCCGUAGCCCCACCCACCAAGCGGCACUGAGGUUCCAGAGCCUCCCACCACCUGCUGGGCCUGGCACCUUCCAUUUCCACUACCAAGCCUAUCUCCUGAACUGCCACUUUCCCCGGCGUCCUGCUUAUGGAGCUGUGACUGUCACCAGCCUCCACCCGGGAGGCAGCGCCCGCUUCCGCUGUGCCACUGGCUACCAGCUGAAGGGUGCCAUAAUCCUCACUUGUCUCAAUGCCACCCAGCCCUUCUGGGAUGCCCAAGAGCCUGUCUGCAUUGCUGCCUGCGGUGGAGUGACCCGCAACGCCACCACCGGCCGCAUCGUCUCCCCGGGCUUCCCGGGCAACUACAGCAACAAUCUCACCUGCCACUGGCUGCUCGAGGCUCCCGAAGGCCAGCGGCUGCACUUACACUUUGAGAAGGUUUCCCUGGCGGAGGAUGACGACAGGCUCAUCAUCCGUAAUGGGGACAAUGUGGAGGCCCCUCCAGUGUAUGAUUCCUACGAGGUGGAGUACCUGCCCAUCGAAGGCCUGCUCAGCUCCGGCCGACACUUCUUCGUGGAGCUCAGUACUGACAGCAGCGGGGCAGCCGCAGGCAUGGCCCUGCGCUAUGAGGCCUUCCAGCAGGGCCACUGCUAUGAGCCCUUUGUCAAAUACGGCAACUUCAGCAGCAGCGCCCCCUCCUACCCCGUGGGCACCACUGUGGAGUUCAGCUGUGACCCUGGCUACACCCUGGAGCAGGGCUCCAUCAUCAUUGAGUGCAUCGACCCCCAUGACCCCCAGUGGAAUGAGACAGAGCCAGCCUGCCGAGCUGUGUGCAGUGGGGAGAUCACAGACUCAGCUGGUGUGGUGCUCUCCCCCAACUGGCCGGAGCCUUACAGCCGUGGGCAGGACUGCAUUUGGGGCGUGCACGUGGAAGAGGACAAGCGCAUCAUGCUGGAUGUCCGAGUGUUGCGCAUAGGCCCUGGUGACGUGCUUACCUUCUAUGAUGGGGACGACCUGACAGCCCGGGUCCUGGGCCAGUACUCAGGGCCCCGUGGCCACUUCAAGCUCUUUACCUCCAUGGCCGACGUCACCAUACAGUUCCAGUCAGACCCUGGGGCCUCGGUGCUGGGCUACCAGCAGGGCUUUGUCAUCCACUUCUUUGAGGUGCCCCGCAAUGACACCUGUCCGGAGCUGCCUGAGAUCCCCAAUGGCUGGAAGAGCCCGUCUCAGCCUGAGCUGGUACACGGCACAGUGGUCACUUACCAGUGCUACCCCGGCUACCAGGUGGUAGGAUCCAGUGUCCUCAUGUGCCAGUGGGACCUAACCUGGAGUGAGGACCUGCCCUCCUGCCAGAGAGUGACUUCUUGCCACGACCCCGGGGACGUGGAGCACAGCCGACGCCUCAUAUCUAGCCCCAAAUUUCCUGUGGGGGCCACCGUGCAGUACAUCUGCGACCAGGGCUUUGUGCUGACGGGUAGUGCCAUCCUCACCUGCCACGACCGGCAAGCCAGCAGCCCCAAGUGGAGCGACCGGGCCCCUAAAUGCCUCCUGGAACAGCUCAAGCCAUGCCAUGGCCUCAGCGCCCCUGAGAAUGGUGCCCACAGUCCUGAGAAGCGGCUACACCCAGCAGGGGCUACUGUCCACUUCUCUUGUGCCCCUGGCUACGUGCUGAAGGGUCAGGCCAGCAUCAAGUGUGUGCCCGGGCAUCCUUCACAUUGGAGUGACCCUCCACCCAUCUGUAGCGCUGCCUCUCUGGAUGGGUUCUACAGCGGCCGCAGCCUGGAUGUUGCCAAGACACCUGCUGCCUCCAGCACCCUGGAUGCCGCCCACAUUGCAGCUGCCAUCUUCUUGCCAUUGGUAGUGAUGGCGCUCUUGGUGGGAGGUGUGUACCUCUACUUCUCUAGGCUCCAGGGGAAAAGCCCCCUGCGGCUGCCCCAAACACGACCCCGCCCCUAUGACCGCAUUACUGUGGAGUCGGCAUUUGACAAUCCAACUUACGAAAUUGGACCAGGGCUGGAGCUCUCCAAGGUGGCACCAACUUCCAACCUCUGGGCUGACCUCACCUCCAAGGUCUAA